UCACACUAUGUCGGCUGGAGUGUUUUAAUGUUGGCCUCGAAAGCGGUAAACACAAUGGGAUACGAUAUUCAACACGCGUGUAAUGUUAAUUUGCAGUUCAGUUUUGUAAGGAUUGCAUAAGACAUCUACACUCAUCAAAAUGGCUGACGAAGGUAUUGACCACGAUUUUGGAGGAGGUGAUGCAGGAUCUGCCUUGACUUUCCCUAUCCAGUGUUCCGCUUUGCGAAAGGGUGGACAUGUUAUCAUCAAGGGACGUCCCUGCCGUAUCGUAGAUAUGUCUACUUCAAAGACUGGAAAGCACGGUCACGCCAAGGUGAACAUGACUGCUAUUGAUAUCUUCACUGGCAAGAAGCUCGAAGAUAUGUCGCCAUCCACACACAACAUGGAGGUGCCUAUCGUAAAGCGUCGUGAUUUCCAGCUUUUGGACAUCGAUGAUGGUUUCUUGUCAUUAAUGAACGAUGAUGGAUCCACCAAGGAUGACCUUAAGUUACCCGAUAACGAUCUUGGUAAGCAGAUUCAAGAUUCUUUCGACGAUGGAACCGACAUUCAGAUCACAGUUAUCAGCGCUAUGAACGAGGAGGCCGCUAUCGGAAUCAAGAACAUGGCUUAAAUAUAAAUGUUAGACUUAAUUUGUAUAAUAUUAUAUUGUAGUUCGAACGAUUUUUCAAGCAAACAUUAUUCAGUCUAUAGUGUCAUUUAUGUGUCUACUAUCUGCCGAAAACGUUGAAGGCGUUGUCGAUCGUUUGUUCACAUAAUCGUGCGAGUUGUUGUCUGGAAGCUAUUGCUCUCGAGUUGUUGUGUUUACGUAUGGACUGUCACCUUGUUCAAUGCUAUUGAUGUAUACACUGUAUCCGAGGUGUUUAUCGAAAUUUAUGAAGUUGUAAUGUAAUUUUUUAGCAUAUUUUUAUAAACGAAUAGCUUGUUGUGUUUGUAUACGAGAGUUAUAUAUCGAUGCCUGUAUUGUUAGCAUAUGAAGCGUACUUUGGAAAGUCCGCAAUUCGGAAUAGUUUGUUGCAUCUGUCUGUAUGAGCUUUAAUUUAAGUCUGUUCAAUCUGGAGAUGUUCUGCGACGAUUGGUAUGCACGUCAUAUGUAGGGAGCAUAACAUGGAACCGCCAGAGCCUAUGGUAUACAGAGAGAGUAAGAAGUGGAAAGCACCGAUAUGUACGCUUAGUGUAGAUUCUUAUUGGUAAUGCUAGUAGGGGGGCGAAUGUAUGUUUCCAUACGGUAAACGUAUCGUUGCUUCAGUUGAUAUUCUUUAGGCUUGUUCUAGCUUUGGGCCUCUUCAAGAAAUACGAACUGUAGUUUUAUUAGUUAUCGAAAUCGAAGAAUUAUAGAAGAACCACAAGCAGCGGCGGAGACGCGACAAUAAACGAAACUGCAUAAUUUAAUAAUGUUUGGUGAACUAAGGUUGUAUCUCGCUUUGCUUUAUCUUGUACUGUUGCUUUGUUCAUAGCACAUUAAGAGCUUUCAGUCGUCGGGGUGCAAACUGUAACGAGAUUCGCGGUUGAGAAUCUUUUAGAUGACAACACUGUGGCAGAGCUGAAGAUGAUACAUCGUAUAUGCUGCACUCCUGGCUACAGGGAGCAUUAUACAUCCACUCUUUUCUCCUGUAC